CCUCGGCGGCUUCCGUACGCUGGAUUUUGAUCGAAGCAUCUGAUUGGCUGCGUGGUGUAAACACCAUAGAAAUAGAAUAAGCGCUUCAGUUCAUUGGUCAACAGUCAGUCAAUUGAAACGUGCGGCAAACGUUGUAAAACGAAUUAGAGAAAAUGAGUCUCCGGAAGCAGACACCAAGUGAUUUCCUGAAGCAGAUCAUUGGGAGACCAGUGGUGGUGAAGCUGAACUCUGGUGUUGAUUACAGAGGAGUGCUGGCCUGCCUUGAUGGCUACAUGAAUAUCGCUGUGGAACAGACAGAGGAAUAUGUCAAUGGCCAGCUGAAGAACAAGUAUGGGGAUGCAUUUCUCAGAGGAAACAAUGUGUUAUACAUCAGCACCCAGAAGAGGAAGAUGUGAAGCCAUUUAACUUGUUUCUUUAUUCAUUGUUAGAUAAGUGAAUUGUUUACUGUUGAUAUUCAUAAUCCUUUGUUAGCUGACAAUAAUGUCUAAGCUUAUUUCAUGUUUUGUAACACAAAAUGUGGAGUCUUGCCAAGAGGUGCAGUAAAUCAUUUGUUUUUCAACAAUA